CAAGCAUCUUACGCGCGUGCAUGUUACGACUACUGUUACGACCAUCCAUUAUCAGCUGCUCUCGCGCUUCCAGAAGAUUGUAACGAAAUGAGGAAGGUCCUAUACGCAAAUACUAUAUCAUCCAGGUCCAAACUUCCAUACUCGCUCAAGUACCCUCCCUUUUCAACUCGUCAUUGAAAAUAUCUUAUCUCCUUCACUGCUGCCAUGUUGACACUCACUGACAUUACCUGGCUAGAUGUUGGUCUUGCUGGCGUCGGCGUGUAUCUCGUAAAGCAGGUAUUCACCCAGAAGAAUCCCGCACCAUACCCCCCUGGUCCCCCCGGCCGUCCUCUCGUUGGGAAUAUUCCAGACAUGCCUCAGGUCAAACCUUGGAUCACCUUCACUGAGUGGGGCAGGAAAUAUGGCGACAUCUCGCAUGUCGAGGUUCUGGGUCAGCACGUCAUAGUCCUGAAUUCUGUCAAGACUGCGGUGGAAAUGCUGGAAAAGAAGAGCUCUAUCUACUCUGAUCGUCCUGUUCUACCUAUGGGCGGUGAACUCGUUGGCUGGAAGAACACUCUCGUUCUUCUCCCUUAUGGUGACAGGCUACGCGAGUACCGGAGAAAUUUCCAUAACGUCAUCGGUAGUCGCGCCGCCAUGGACAUAUACCAACCAAUCGAGGAAAUCGAGACUCAUCGAUUCCUGAAGCGUGUACUUGCGAAACCGGACCAACUCCAGGCACACGUGAGACACACCGCUGGCGCCAUCAUUCUGCGUAUCUCUCAUGGCUAUGAAGUCAAGGAGCACAACGACCCUUUCGUCGACCUUGCGGACCUUGCUGUCGAUCAAUUCUCCAAAUCCACCGCUACUGGUGCCUGGAUGGUUGACAUCAUACCAUCCCUGGCUAAGGUACCCGAGUGGGUCCCUGGUGCUGGCUUCAAGCGCGUAGCGCGCGAAUGGCAUGAGACCCUCGAAGAGAUGGUCGCUGCACCCUACAAAUUUGUCAAGGAUCAGAUGGCUGCUGGUAUUGCUCCGAAAUCCUUUACCUCGAAUCUGUUGGAAGACCGUACUUUGUCUGCCGAAGAGGAACACGUCGUGAAGUGGUCUGCUGCAUCCUUGUACUCUGGUGGUGCCGACACGACAGUUUCGGCAAUAUAUUCGUUUUUCCUGGCCAUGACACUCUUCCCCGACGCGCAGAAGAAGGCUCAAGCUGAAAUCGAUGCCGUCGUUGGUCCUGAUCGUCUUCCCUCCUUCAGGGACCGCGACUCCCUCCCCUACACUGAGGCACUCGCAAAGGAAGUUCUACGUUGGAACGCCGUCGUCCCUACCGCCAUUGCUCACCGUGUUAUUGAAGACGACAUCCACGAUGGGUACUACAUUCCCAAGGGCUCUUUGAUCAUACCCAAUGUUUGGUCUAUGCUUAAUGAUCCUCGGACAUAUGCUAACCCCUCGGAGUUCAACCCUGAGCGCUUCUUGGCCCAAGAAGGAAAGGAGCCUGAGACCGAUCCUCGCACAAUCUGCUUCGGGUUUGGUAGACGUAUCUGCCCAGGUUAGUUAGCUGAAAGAGGGUGCCGAUCCUCAGGACAUUUCUGACGUCGCUUACGUAGGUCUCCACCUCGCCGAUGCAUCUGUCUGGAUGUCUGCCGCUAUGUCGCUUGCCGUAUUUGAUAUCUCCAAGGUUGUUGAGAAUGGUGUCGAGAUCACCCCUGAGAUUGACCCCUCAUCAGGUACAAUCAGCCACCCCAAGCCUUUCAAGUGCUCUAUUAAGCCCCGUUCUGCUCAGUCCCUUGCGCUCAUCCA